CUAUAGAGUCUAGUUACUGUUCAGGACCUGAUGAAGGGAGAACUAUACCAAAAAAGAUAUCCCCCACCCCACCAAUUUGAAGACCGCCCACUUCAGAUAUUUAGCUAGAGACCCUUAAAGAUUUUAAAAGAGAGACGGAGUCAGACAGUUUGACAGUCACUCACUGAGCUUUGCAUCGCGUGCGCACAGACACAACUUCUCCGCUGCGCGUCAGGACUGCAGUCGUUCGCGCCACUAUGCCAUCCGUUCCCAUGUUUAGGAUGCUACAAACACCACAGCUCCGUCAAGGCGUGAUUGCGCUUUUCAUGUGGUUCACUCACUUUAUGAACGACUACAAAGUUCAGGCGGGUAACUGCUGGUUGCAGCAAGGAAAGAACGGCCGGUGCCAGGUGCUCUACAUGUCCGGGAUGACCCGGGAGGACUGCUGCCGGAGUGGCCGUCUGGGCACCGCAUGGACCGAGGAAGAUGUGCCCAACAGCACGCUGUUCCGAUGGAUGAUCUUCAAUGGAGGCGCGCCUAAUUGCAUACCUUGUAAAGAAACAUGCGAUAGCGUUGACUGCGGUCCUGGGAAGAGAUGCAAGAUGAACAAGAGGAACAAGCCCAGGUGUGUGUGUGCUCCGGACUGCUCCAACGUCACAAGGAGGGGGUCCAUCUGUGGGUCGGAUGGAAAAUCCUACAAGGAUGAGUGUACAAUGCUCAGGGCCCGCUGCAGGAACCAUCCUGACCUGGAGGUCCAAUACCACGGGCGAUGCCGCAAGACGUGUCAUGGAGUUCGCUGCCCUGGCUCCGCGUCAUGUGUCGUGGACCAGACCAACAAUGCCUACUGUGUGACCUGUAAUCACCAGUGUCCAGAGGUGAAGUCACCUGACCAGUACCUGUGUGGCAACGACGGCGUUGUUUAUGCCAGCGCCUGUCAUCUGAGGAGAGCCACGUGCAUCCUGGGAAGGUCCAUCGGCGUGGCGUACGAAGGGAAAUGCAUCGACGCCCGGUCAUGUGGCGACAUCAUGUGUCGGGGAGCGAAAAGGUGUCUGUGGGAUGAAGCGAGUGGCCGCGGACGCUGCUCUGUGUGUGACGAGCCAUGUCCGGAGAGUCACCCGGGUGAGAGUGUGUGCUCCAGCGACAACAACACCUAUCCCAGCGAGUGUUCCAUGAGGCAGGCCGCAUGCGCUCAGCAGCAUCACCUGGAGGUCAAACACUCAGGAUCCUGCAACU